GCUAGCUGUGAUGUGAGAGAUCGGCAUAUUUCGAGUAAAUAGGAGAAAUGGAAGGCAAUGAAAGCGCUGGCAGCAUUGAAAGAUUGUGAAGAUCAUCUUGGCUGUAAUGUUUGGUCGUAAAUAAUCACUUCAGGGAUGGCGCGCACCUAUGGUAGAUGAUGCAGCGUUUUGCUGGCGAUGGGGACGCGCGUCGUCCUGGAGAACAUCCGCUAUUUCAUACAGACCCUGAUCCCCCGCGCCGAGACGGGCUCGCCGUGGACUGAGACCGACCUGACCUCGGCCCUGGGUUGGGCCGACUUCUGCCAGGCGGCGGCCGUCUCCGCCCCCGGCUGCCCUGCCGAGCGCGUGCUGGUCGACUUCGUCCGCGUCGUCGCGCGCGGCCGAAGCGACCUGGAUGUGGCGCUGCUGCAGCAGGCGCGGCGCGCGCUCCUCUCUCGCCUGCUGCAGAACCCCCGCGUCGGCGAUGCGGUGCUGCGCACGGCGCUGGCUGCUCUGCGCCUCUCCGGCGAGCUGGAGACCGUGGUGGCAGAACUGGCGCGCUGCAAGCAGGCGUACCGAGAGCGGACGGACGCCGACGGCGAACUGGACGAGCUGUUGUGA